ACGAACAACGGCAGCAAAACAACAACCGCAAAAGCGGGAAUUAAAUCUGUCACGCUCUCGUUUACAAGCGUCGUAAUCUGUUUGCAUAGUGACUGGCGGAGAGCCAAACGUGCCGUUAUUUUCCAUUCAUUCAUCGGGUGGGAGAUUCCUCUCUCUGUUACAUAAAGUCCUUGCGCACACCUUCUCUCUUGCCAUUGCGCUCUUGUUCGCAUUGCUUGAGAGUCAGGAGCGGAUCGAUGUAGGGCUAGGGGUAUGGCUAGUGUUAUAUGGUUUGAGGAUAUAUUUUGUCAGUAACACAGAUAUUAAAACGAAAUAUUGAAAUAAAUUUCAUCAUUAUCGCAUCCCCAGUUUACGAAAGUUCCCCCAAAAGCCUACAUACAUAAGUAGAUCCGCCCCUGGUAAAAGUGCAAUGUGUUGGGACUUGCAUUGGCUGCACUCCUCCCACCAACAGGUGCCUCGCAGCCAAGGCUGCAAAUAUUGUCGCCCUCUCCCGCUCACUCGGCUGAGGGUCAAGAUCGUUGCGAAGAAAUGCUCCCCGAAGCCUAAUAAUUGUGCAUCCCGCCGAAUGCCAUGUUCGAAUUUAGAAUCUGCUCUCAUCGCACGGCUAGUUUCAGUGCGGCGUUUGGCGAAAGCGAAUAUCGGCAUCGAGAUCCCCAUAAUUCACAGUCCGAGAUUGCGAUGACGGGCCCACUGCUGUGGCAGAACCUCAAGGUGUUCGUCACCCGCUACCCGAUAAUGCGCGGCAUGAUAUCUUACAGCCUGAUCUGGCCCACUGGCAGUCUCAUCCAGCAGACCGUGGAGGGCAGGCGCUGGGGCACCUACGACUGGUGGCGCGUGCUCCGGUUCAGCAUGUACGGCGGACUCUUCGUGGCGCCCACUCUCUACGGCUGGGUCAAGAUCUCCAGCGCCAUGUGGCCGCAGACGUCGUUGAGGACGGGCGUCAUCAAGGCGGCGGUUGAGUCGAUCUCUUACACCCCGGGCGCCAUGACAUGCUUUUACUUUAUCAUGAGCUUGCUGGAGUCCAAGACGGUGGAGGAGGCGGUGGCCGAGGUCGGCAAGAAGUUCCUGCCCACCUACAAGGUGGCACUGUCCGUAUGGCCUUUGGUGGCCACCAUCAACUUCACCCUGGUCCCCGAGCGCAAUCGCGUGCCCUUCAUUAGUGCCUGCAGCCUGUGUUGGACCUGUUUCUUAGCGUACAUGAAGCACCUGGAGCACCACGAGGUGGAAGGCGCUAUUUAGUAAUCGUGUUGUUUUAAAAUAUAUUGGUAGUUAAAAUAACAUAAUUAGUUUACCUGCGGUCA